UCAAUGCUGCGAUCUUUGGAUCAGUCAAGAAUUUAUAGCGGUCGAGUGCAGUGCAAUAAAGAAAUAACUAACCAACUAACUAACUUAAAGUGCUGGUUCUGGUAAGAGAAUAUGGAUUUGGCUAACAGAAAUGUGGUUUACCUUGGAGGUUUUGGCGGCAUUGGUCAGCAAUGUGUACAAGAGCUACUGCAAAAGCAACUUAAGUCUCUGGCCAUAUUCGAUUUAAUGGAAAAUGACAAGAUUCUAAGCACUUGGCAGCAGAAUUAUCCCCAAACAGAUAUAUUCUAUCAUAAGGUGGACAUAACUAAGAAAUCCAAUAUAGAAGCGGCAUACAAAGCAACGUCCGAGCAUCUGAAUGGACACAUUGAUGUGGUGGUCAAUGGGAUGGGCUUGAUGAACGAUCGUCAUAUCGAACUGACCAUAGAGAUUAAUCUGUUGGGCGUUAUCCAUAGUACUCUGACUGCAUUGGAAUAUAUGUCCAAGCCGAAGGGCGGGCAAGGUGGUUUAAUUGUCAACAUAUCAUCGGUGGCUGGCCUUCAGCCCACUCCACUUAUGGCCAUCUAUUCGGCAGCCAAAACCGGAGUUACCACCUUUACUCGAGCCAUGGCCAAUCCCUUUUACUUCUCACAUUCUGGUGUCGGCUUUAUAACCAUCUGUCCGGGCUUUACCAAUACCGCACUAUUGGAUGAUAUUGAUAAUAAGACAACAUUUACAUAUCGCACACCCAUGCAUGAUAUAUUCCCCAUGGUCAAGAGGCAGAAUGCCAACGAUUGUGCCCGAAAUCUAAUCAAGUCCAUUGAAGAGGGACACAAUGGCGAUGUUUUAAUGUUGGAAUUGGGCGAAAUUACUAAAGUGGAUAUACCCGAAAUGUGGAAGCCACAAUUGGAGCAAUGAUGUCGGAGGGUUUGGUUGGGUGGAGGGGAAUGGGGUCACUGAUUUGUUGAAUUUCAAGUUGAACAUGUUAAUUAUAUUAAUUUUGUUUAUUUUUUUUUUGGAGGAUCGUGAUGUUAAGAGUUGAUGUAUGUCAUCAUAUAUACAUACAAACAUACAUAUGUGAGAUAUGACCUCAAAAACCACACAAACUUAUUCUUAUCCAUAUCAGAUAUCAAAGCGGGAAUUGUAUUUCAUAUUUAAAGUGCAUAUAUGUAUGUAAAGUUCGUGUUAUAUACUAUAUAAUUAUUGAUUUCAGUAAUGGAUUAAACGUUUUCUACAUCGAAAACUAAUGCAAAACUAA